AUGGCUGUCCCUCCCAAGUUCGCGGGCCACAAGCUCGUCCUCUCCUCGGCUCGGCCUACACUAUCAGAUUCAUCCGUGCCUGGCGCGACUCACACCUUUGAGCUCUUCGUCGACUACUGCUGCCCCUUCUCCGGGCGCAUCUUCAACACGCUCACCACCAAGGUCUUCCCGGCCAUCCGCGAGAACCCCGUCUGGGCCGACAACCUCACUGUCGUCUUCCGCCAGCAGGUGCAGCCGUGGCACCCCUCGUCGACGCUGCUGCACGAGGCGGCGCUCGCUGUCCUGCGCCUGGCCCCCGACAAGUUCUGGGCCUUCAGCGGCGAGCUGUUUGCGGCGCAGAAGGACUUCUUCGACGUCAGCGUCGUCAACGAGACGCGCAACCAGACAUACGGCCGCCUGGCAAAGGUGGCUGCAAAGGUGGGCGUUAGCGAGGAGGAAGUCUACAGGCUGCUGGAGAUUCCGGAGAAGGCCGGCGACGAUGGAGCUCUGAACAUUGGCAAUGCCGUCACCAACGACCUCAAGGUGAUCACCAAGAUGAACCGCCUGGUGGGCGUCCACGUCACUCCGACGGUUGUUUUUGACGGCGUUGUUCAAGACACGAGCUCGGGCUGGACUGUUGACCAGUGGAAGGAGUUUUUCACCAAGAACAUUGCGUAA